AUGGAAACUCUCAAUAGUCGUCUUAUAAAAUUUGCUAUAUUAAUAUCACUUCAAAUACCUUCAAUAAUUUGUUAUAUAGCUUCAAUUCAUAAUAUAUUAUCUAAUCGAAAUAAUCUAAAAGCACUUCAUAAUCAUGGUCCAUUACUAUUACUAUUUGUUGGUAUAAUAACUGUUAUGUUUGAUCUAUCUAUGAUUCUUGAUUUUUUACGUACUGGUGUUGUAAAUCCAACUAUUGAUGGAUAUUGCCGUAUGUGGAUUUUCUUCGAUAUGCUUCUUUAUGCAAUUGUUUGUGUAUUGAUGUUAUGGAUAUCAAUUGAACGAUAUAUUCUUAUUUUUCAUUAUCGAAAAUUUUUUGAUACACAACAAAAGCGUUUAUUAAUACAUUAUUUUCCAUUUAUAAUUAUAUUUGUAUAUCUCAUUUCAUUUUAUAUAUAUGGGGCUUUUAUUUAUCCAUGUGAAAAUAAAUUUGAUUAUCAUUUUGUAAUUUGUGGUAGUUUAUGUUUUGCCUUUGAUAAUCAUAUACUCGGUCUAUUUGAUCAAUUUGUCAAUUCAUUAAUACCUUCUCUAUUAAUUAUUUUUGUAAAUAUAGGAUUAUGGUUUCGUAUUUUCUGGCAAAAACAUUAUCGGAUGAGAAAAGUAAUGGAAUGGCGACGACAUCGUAAAAUCAUAAUACAAUUUAUUCCAGUAGCUAUUUUGUAUAUGUCUGGUUAUUUGGCAUAUGGAUCUCUUCAAUGUUAUCAUAUGAUUUAUGAUCCAACUAAUCUUAGUACGAUUAUACAACAAUUAUAUUUUUUUUAUUUAUUUCAUCUCGUUGGUUUAUUACAUCCAUUUAUUUGUCUUAUUGGUAUGCCUGCAGUCUAUCGAAAAUGGCUUCCGAAACGUGAUCGACAUGUUUCUCCUGCAAUUAUCAACCAAACGAAUAGCAUAAAUCGAUGA